UUUAAAAAGAGCCUAGUGGGGCUUAACCCUCCCGUGUCCGGCGGGCCUCCGAUGCCCCCGUCCCCUGUUCUGUGCGGAACUCUGGCCUUGGCCAUCUACCUACUUCUCUAAGUCUCAGUAUCCUCAUCUGUAAAACCGGUUCCCCUCAUCUCAAGGUCAAAACCGAGCACUCCGUGAGCACAAGGAGCCCUCAGUCACCAGGGCCAUCCUCCGCUCCCCGCGGCGGUGCCGGUUAUCUGGCCAGGGGAGGUCCACCCGGGAGGAGGUGACUUCGCAGCCCCCAGCCGCUAUCGCUUCCUGACUUCAUCUUGGGAACAGGCCGUGCUGUGCGCCAGCCCGGGGAGCCCACCGUCCGGGGAGGCGGAGGAUUAAAAGGACCCAACCUCCUCCCCAGGGGAUCAAAGAGGUUGGACGGGGCCCCGGGUACUAGGCUGCGUGGGGGUGGGGCGCCUGGGCCGGUCGCAGUUGUCUGGGGACCCUGGGGCCCUCUGCGUCGAGAGCGCUUGAAGACCCGGGAUUCCUGGCCCGAUCGCGUGGGGAGACCCCAGCUCUUCCCCUGUCUGCCCCGCCGACUCGGGAAAGGGGCGGCCCCUUUAAGAGCGCGCAGCCCCGCCCGCCCCCUCCGGGCCGGAUCCGAAUUCCAGGGAGGCGGGGCGGAGACGGCGGCGAGGAGGAGGCCGCGGCGCGGGACAGAUCGAGCUGCGGCUCGGGCGGCGGCUCCCUGCGGCGGGCCCGGCCCGGCUCCGGCCCCCGCCGGGGCGAUGCUCCCCGGAGCCGCGGGAUGAGCCAGCGAUCCUGACCUGUGUUCCUGCCUACAGUGACUCGGCGGGUCCGGGCAUGGCGGACCCGGUGGCGGGCAUCGCGGGCUCGGCGGCCAAGAGCGUGCGGCCAUUUCGUUCCAGUGAGGCCUACGUGGAGGCCAUGAAGGAGGACCUGGCCGAGUGGCUCAAUGCCUUGUACGGCCUGGGUCUCCCGGGUGGUGGUGAUGGCUUCCUGACGGGGCUGGCCACGGGCACGACCCUGUGCCAACAUGCCAACGCCGUGACCGAGGCUGCCCGUGCAUUGGCAGCUGCCCGACCGGCCCGAGGUGUGGCCUUCCAGGCACACAGUGUAGUGCCUGGCUCCUUCAUGGCCCGCGACAACGUGGCCACCUUCAUCGGCUGGUGCCGCACGGAGCUGGGUGUGCCGGAGGUGCUCAUGUUUGAGACUGAGGACCUGGUGCUUCGCAAGAACGAGAAGAGUGUGGUGCUGUGCCUGCUGGAGGUGGCACGGCGUGGGGCCCGCCUGGGCCUGCUUGCCCCACGCCUCGUGCAGUUCGAGCAAGAGAUUGAGCGGGAGCUGCGUGCUGCACCCCCAGCCCCCAACGCCCCUGCUGCUGGGGAGGACACCACUGAAACCACCCCUGCACCAGGGACUCCUGCCCGUGGCCCCCGCAUGACACCCAGCGACCUGCGCAACCUCGACGAGCUGGUGAGGGAGAUCCUGGGCCGCUGCACCUGCCCCGAUCAGUUCCCCAUGAUCAAGGUCUCGGAGGGGAAGUACCGUGUGGGGGACUCGAGCCUGCUCAUCUUUGUGCGGGUGCUGAGGAGCCACGUGAUGGUGCGAGUGGGUGGUGGCUGGGACACGCUGGAGCAUUACCUGGACAAGCACGACCCGUGCCGCUGCUCCUCCACCGCUCAUCGCCCACCCCAGCCGAGGGUCCGUACCUUUUCUCCGCAGAGGGUGUCGCCCACUCCCAGUCCCCGCCCUGCUAGCCCAGUUCCCGGGAGUGAGCGCCGGGGUUCCCGACCUGAGAUGACUCCCAUUAGCUUACGAAGCACAAAGGAGGGGCCUGAGACCCCGCCCAGGCCCCGGGAUCAGCUGCCCCCCCAUCCCCGCUCCCGCCGCUACUCCGGGGACAGUGACUCCUCAGCCUCCUCCGCCCAGAGCGGCCCCCUUGGUACCCGCAGUGAUGACACAGGCACUGGCCCCCGGAGGGAGCGACCCAGCCGGCGGCUGACCACAGGCACCCCGGCCUCUCCGAGACGGCCUCCUGCCCUGCGCAGCCAGUCCCGAGACCGGCUGGAUCGGGGCCGGCCCCGGGGGGCCCCAGGAGGCAGGGGAGCCCAGUUGUCAGCCCCCAGCCCUGCCCGGCGGGCCCGGAGCCAGAGCCGCGAGGAGCAGGCUGUGCUGCUUGUGCGCAGGGAUCGAGACGGGCAGCACUCAUGGGUGCCAAGGGGCAGGGGCACUGGGGGCUCGGGCAGGAGCACCCCCCAGACUCCCCGUGCCCGCAGCCCUGCAGCACCCCGGCUUUCACGGGUCUCCAGCCCCAGUCCAGAGUUGGGCACCACACCGGCCAGCAUCUUCCGCACACCCCUGCAGCUCGACCCGCAGCAGGAGCAGCAGCUGUUUCGGCGCCUGGAAGAGGAGUUCCUGGCCAAUGCCCGGGCUCUUGAGGCUGUUGCUAGCGUGACUCCCACUGGACCAGCCUCUGACCCAGCUCGGGCCCCUGACCCUCCAGCUCCUGACUCUGCCUACUGUUCCUCCAGUUCCUCCUCUUCGUCCCUCAGCGUCCUGGGUGGCAAAUGUGGCCAACCUGGGGACUCUGGCCGGACGGCCAAUGGCCUGCCUGGGCCGCGAAGCCAAGCCCUUUCCAGCUCUUCCGAUGAAGGCAGCCCCUGCCCUGGCAUGGGGGGGCCACUAGAUGCACCUGGGAGCUCCCUGGCUGGCCCCGAACCCUUGAGGACCUGGGCACGGGGUCGGAUGGACACACAGCCAGACCGUAAACCCUCACGCAUCCCCACGCCUCGGGGCCCCCGCCGCCCCUCCGGACCCGCAGAGCUUGGGACCUGGCAUGCCCUGCACUCAGUCACCCCAAGGGCUGAGCCAGAUUCCUGGAUGUGAUGGACCAGCUCACUGUCCCCAGACCCCAUCCCUUCUUUUCCUUUGUGGCCUUAACCCCUCUGCAUCAGGGAGCCCCCUCUGCCUCUUGAGUACCAGACCUCAUGGGACCAGACCCCUUGGGACCACAUGGCACAAUGGGACCUCUGUUGUACAUUCCGAUUGGGGGAUGAGCGUUGCUAUUUAAUUACUAAUAUUAUUGAAUGCCUUAGAGGAGGCCGGGCCAGCCCGGUGUCCUGAAGACCUGUGGCCCAGCAGAGCCUCUGACAGUAAAGUUUUGCUCCAGCCA